AAUGAUUCGCGCAUAAAUAAGCAGCUCAGACUCGCCUUGCUGCAGCUCAGUCCGCGCCCUGCCCACUCCUGUCAGCAAGCAGCAGCAGCAGCAGCCAUGCAGUCUCUCCUCUUCCUUUGCCUCUGUCUGGCGGGGACCGCACUGGCUGCACAUGGACACCCGAAGGGCUGCAAACUCCCCCACGUCCCGCGCAACGGGGGCCUCACGUGCGUCACGGUGAACAACACCCGCUACUGCAAGCCAAUGUGCAACAAGGAUCACGACUUUGAGUUCCUGCGCCGCAGCCGCCUGUUCGAGAAGUGUGGCCAGUCGACCGGCUACCAUUGGACUACCCAGUACAUCGGUGGCCUCCGCCUCGCCGAUUGCUCACGCAGCUCCGUGCGGGUCAGCGGCCAGCCGUCCGCCUACUUCGCCGAGCAAUGCGUUCGCGACAACAAGAAGGUCUACGAGGAGUUCUGGAAGGAGGUGAACAAGGCGGUGCUGCGACCCGUGUCCCUGCACCAGGAGUGCAAGAAGCCCCACUGCACCGACCCCUUGGUGCGCUGUUAGUGAGGCCCUCCCUCCCACUUAACUCAGGCCAGUGGGAAUAUUUAGCGGCCGAUUUGAAAGGGGAGUGAGUAAGCAAGUAAAAACAAAAUGUGUUACAUUCCCUCGGGGGGUAAUUUGUCGUCUUUCCCAAAUGCGUCGCGGCGCGUCGCUCGUCCUCCUGCUGUGUACCCCAAUGUGGAAGCCACGAGCCACACUCGACGAAUACAAACAAAGUGUUCCUUAAGCCCUCGGAGCGAUGGGAAGCUGGCCCUGGUUAGUAAACUGCUGUCGGAUAUCGUGUUGAGACAGCGACGCAACAUCUCUUCGAUGUGUCUUUUGGGUCGUACUACGGUUUGCUCCUUUUCCGCUGUAGACCAAAUCCAGACAUAUUUCUCGUCAGCACCAGUUCUAUUAGGAAUACUGUGCCACGGUGGCGAGAUGUUAACUACCUCGCCUGGUAUACACGAGAUCGUGGGUUCAAUCCCGACCAUCACAACUGUACAUUUGAAGUUUGCUUGUUCUCCCCGUGGUCGCGUGGACUUCUCCGAGUCCUCCGGUUGUUCCCUCCACAUUUAGAAGCAUGCAUUUCGAGUAUUUGGCUGCUAUACAUUGCCACGUCGUUGAGCUACCAUUCGUGGCCAGGCCCCUUUUAAAAAUGAGAUAUAUUGCUCAGUCGGCCUUACCUGGUAAAAUAAAAAAUCUUCUUAGUUUACAGAUCUCGGUCAAUAAGGGACAGGUGGCAACCCUACAUCGUACCACGUGUCCAUCGGCACGUCAUCCCGACUUCAGUUCGUGAAGAAGUUCCCUGCAGCACGCGGACCGAAAUGUCGGACACCAUGCCGAACGACACACGGUGGUGGCGUGUGUGCCAUAGGGCAGCGGCAAAGCCAUCGGCAAGGAUUUGUUCACUUCCAAAUCAAUCGAGGGCGCAGAGGCAUCCCGCUCGUGCUCCGGGGUUUUUUCAUUGGCUUCUCACCGUCACGUGAUCACAAGACUGGAGAGCCAAUCCCAGCAUGGCGACUAAUUCCAACGUGGCACCGCGUAUUUUCCUAAUUGCUCGAGCGGCUUCAUAUCACCGUUUAAUUCAGUGCUCCCACGUGCAUUCCAAUGUCGCAAUAAACGUGUUUAUGUACUCCUCUCUCUUUCUCUUAGCCUGUGCUUGCAAAUAAGACAUAUUUCAAAGAGAUAUAGCAUUAAACUGGCCUCUUAGCCAAGGUCUCUAGAAACUGGGGGAAGAUCCUUUGCUUUUAGGUCCCACGCGAGGCAAUGCUGCACAUCGUUAUAUCCGGGCAUGUGUGCAUUUUCUGCAAGGCGAUAUUAAAACAAACUACUUUGCUGUGCUAUAGUGACACGUUAGCCAAUGUAUUCAAUGCUUUUCAGAUUUUAAACUUUGAUCGUUUAACGCGUAGGCUUUCGCGACCAAUAUCCAUACUAGAGGUUUUGUUGGGUGAGAUCGGGUAAAUAUAAAUGUGUCGUUAAACCCACCACCACCCGGCAGCCAAUUAGUAAGGUUUGGCACGUAAACAAAACAUGCCAAUUCGUUACUAGUACAGGACACCAAGGUGUGUUGGAGAGUAAAACCCACCACAACAUUUACAAUUUGAGUACCGUGAUGUUUCGCUCGUAAUUACAACCAGCAUCAUCAGGUAACAGCCAGAAUUGUGGAGAAAUCCUGAUGUUUCGUGUUCAAUGACACAUUCAUAUUAAUGCGAUCUAACCAAAAAAAAUGAAACCUUUAUUAUGGAUAACAUUUUGAUCGUGUUGCGAGUCUUGUUGAAAGUGCCCUUGCUGUGGAUAGACCGGGAGAAACGUUGCGAUGGUCUUUGGGGGGGUUAGGAUUAAAUGUGGGGUCACAACAUUUCAUGAGUUGAUAAAAAGCGUCCAAAAUGCACAACGACCAUUUUGAAAACGACAAACCAUUUUAUUUCACGUGAUAAAGUACCUGCGUUGGCAGUGGUGCAUCAGCACGAACAACAGCACUUCUCCACGCAUCCGUUCACAAUGAGCCUUAACAGGAAACGCAUAGAAAAUAGAUGUUUCGGGCAUAGGUCCUGAUCUCUGAGCUACGGCUUGAGUUGUUGCUUGUGGACACCGGGAGAUCGUCGACCGAUGUUUGGCAAAUCGCCGGGGUCGGCAAUGGAAUCAGCCGCGAUUUAACUCAACAGAGCGCUACGCGCUAAGGUUGCCAUCUUCCACCUCCUGUUGCGCUCACGAAUAACGACGGCCACUGGCCCCGGAACAUCUGCCACGUGCUUCCUGUCGGGGCCACGCCGUUAUUGACGGACGCGUGGGGAGUUUUCGUUAUUUUGCAAACCCCCCCCCCCCACCCCCCCAAGCCCCGUCCUCGCGAGUGUUGCACUUAACGCUUUGACGAUGGUGAAAGAUCCUGAGGUUGUGAAGAGUUGACGCUUACGCACAUCCUCUCAAAUAGCCGUGUGUGCGUGUGCGUGUUUUUGUAUCCGUUUGUUCCAUGCCCUUUUAAAAUCGGGGACAUGUGAGCGAUGCAUUAAUUCUCUCUCUUUCUAUACAACUUUCUAUACGUUAGGCAUAGCAGUGUUUACAAAUGUUUCCACAUAAAUAAACCAAUGAACCAAUGGAAGUUAAAAGAAUGCUUGUUUUAAUUCUGUUGUAACCAAAAAAUUCACCUGCAUGGGAAAAUAAAUCUUGCAUUCCAUACAA